ACAGUCGUACCAACAUUGAAAAAAGUCCACCAUCUUUGGGCAGCUGAUAUUUGUGUUAUUGAAAGAUUUCUGCAAAAUAAAGGCACCAGUGACCCAAAAUGGGCGCAUCAUUCGUUCCCAUCACCGUUUUCACGGUUCUCUGGGGUGUGGUGGGUAUCGUUUGCCCGUUUUUCGCUCCAAAAGGACCUAACAGAGGGAUCAUCCAGGUGGUGUUAAUGUUAACAGCAGCUACUUGCUGGUUGUUCUGGCUGUGUGCGUACAUGGCGCAGAUGAACCCUCUCAUCGGCCCCAGAUUGAACAACGAGACCCUCAUAUGGAUAGCUCGCUCAUGGGGCAACGCCUACACCAAGUAAGUGACAUGAGAAACAGCCA